CCUUUCAACUCAUGGACCAGCGAGAAUUGUUCUCAGUUAAAAAUUGCUCAGCUGGAUGAACAUUUUUGUCAGAGAAGUACGCUCCAAAGUUCACGGCAUGACUGGUAGUACUUGCGAGAAUGUCUUUUUAACUUGGAAUGGAGAAGCCAUGGCAUCCAGUCAGAUAAAUAAAGCGAUAAAAUCUGUAUGGAAGAAGGCGGAAAUGAAGAAAAGUCCUAGCUCUACUCUGUUUAGGAAGUCGGCUGUGUCAAAAGUUCACACAACCAGCCAAAGCAAUGAAGCACGAGGAAAUCUUUCCGAUUUAAUGGCCCACAACAUCGAUACAGCGCGCAGAUUUUAUCUUUUACAAGAGAAGUCCAAGUCCUCAGUUAAGGCUUCAAAGCAACUACGCAGUGUAAUGUGUGGGCAAGGUCAACAAAACCUUGACAAGCAAAAGGUUUCUCCAAACAUCUCCAGCCUAUCAGUUUCCGAACAAUGUGCAUCUGAAACGUCAAGAACCUCAUUGAACAAAGAAAUGGAAGAUUUAGUGAAGAGUGUCUUCAAAGAUGAAAUCGAAAGCGAAGCCAUUUCGAUGGAAGAUGUAAAAUCCAAUUUUUCCGACCAUCCACAGCUGAUGAAGAAAGGCCCAAAGAGAAUUUUGGACAAGAUAAGGGCGCAGUGGCGUUUCAGAACGCCUCCCUCGGUCUGAACAGUACAACCUGUAAAUCCUUCUUCUGAAGAAGAAACUCUUGAACAACGUGUAGAGUGAUCGCUGACUCAUGAGAGCAACAAUUCAAGUGACAUAAUACCACCAACUUUAGGAAGUAGCGUAAGGGGUGUAUUUUCAGAGUACGACCUUGAAUGCGUACGAACUCAGUUCGCCUGCAUGAUAAAGAAAUCAUCCCCAUUUGUAAAGCAGAAAAUCAAGGAAACCCUUGAAAAGGAAGCUUGGGGAAAGGAGCUGCUUACCAAAGUGCCCUUGGAUACUAUUGUCAAUCGCAUAAAAUACGAGAGACGUGUACACAGGGUAUCGAAGUAAGCAAUGGGGCUUAAAGUUACACUUUUCAAAAACUGCACUGGUUAAAUUCCCGACACUGACAUGGGGUCUGAAGAGAAGCGUAUAAGCAGUGGGACGUUUUAGUGAUGUUACAAAACAAGUUAAGUUCUUAGGUCUGCGUAAGUGGACACUGAUUUAAGUCAGCUUCCCGGCGUGAUAGACGUUGAUAUUUUUGUUGUUGUCAAUUUUACAAAGCUACUGUUCAGUUAAGGUUCUUGAAGA